AUGUCUGCCCCGCCGCCGCCGCCCUACUCGGAGCUUGACCCCAAUCCAGGGCAGGUGCGGAGGCGUCCUACGCUGCCGAAUCCUCCCUCCCAGGCGAUGCCGAAUCCGUGGGAGGCAGCUGCGAGGACUCAGAGUGCGUCGCACGUACCACCCCGCCGCACUGCGCCCGUGCAUGCGCCGCCGAAUGCAGUUCCCCCGCCGCGUGCAGACCCCCGCGUCGCUGCGUCUCGUCCGGAGCACCAUUCCUCGUCUCGAUCUGCCCCCCAGCGCCAGGUGAGCGUACGUGAUGUGCCCGAGGACCAGUUUGAGCUGCUGAGAGACUAUGACACGAUCUUCAUCAUCGACGACUCUGCCUCGAUGCAAGUCAACGAGAUGCCGGAUGGCUCAAUUGGCCCUAGUCGCUGGGAUGAAGCGCGUGAUGCGCUUUGUGGGGUCGUGCGUAUUGCUGCGCGCUACGACGACGACGGCAUCGAUGUCCAUUUCAUCAAUGACAAGCGCAGCCUGUUGCGCUGCAGAGACCCCCGCAUGGUUCAGCAGCUCUUUCACGAAGUGCGGCCUCGUGGAGCGACGCCGACUGGUGGCCGAUUGGAGUUGCUCCUGCUCGACUAUAUGGAUGCGAUCGAGUACGCUGCGCACAAGAACAAGAAAUACGGUCCUGGUACCGUGAAGCCGCCCAAGCGGCGCAAUUAUGUCAUCAUUACCGACGGGGCUGCGACCGAUGAUCCGGAGAGUGUAAUUGUAUCGUGUGCGCAGCGCCUGGACGAUGGCCGUUUUCCCCUGGCGCAGAUUGGUAUUCAGUUUAUUCAGGUCGGCAACGACCCCCGCGCGACAGAGGCGCUGGUUGACUUGGAUGAUGCUCUGGCUCAUCAAUAUCGCAUUCGAGACAUGGUCGACACGGUUCCCUUCCAAUGA